AUGAAGAUGAGCCGGCUCUGCCUCUCUGCAUCCCUUCUUGUCCUCCUGGGCACCCUGGCGGCUGGCACCCAGAGGGAUGAAACCAGCACCCCUGCCCAAGCCCCGCAGCCUACCUUCUGCCUGGAGCCUCCCUACAUGGGUCCCUGCAAGGCCCUGUUGUUCAGGUACUUCUACAACGCCAGCUCCAGGCUCUGCAAGACCUUUGCUUACGGCAGAUGCAGAAGGAAGCAGAACAACUUCCUGGAUAAGGAGGACUGCAUCAGCACCUGCAAUGGCUGCAACAGGCUCCAGGAGAGCUGGGCAACUGUGCUCCCCUGA